AUGAGCAGCGCGCCUCCAUUCCAGACGGCCCUGAUGGCGGGGGCCGUAGCCGGCACGACGGUCGACCUGUCCCUCUUCCCCCUCGACACGCUCAAGACGCGGCUCCAGUCCUCGGCGGGCUUCUUCGCCAGCGGCGGCUUCCAGGGCAUAUACCGAGGCAUCGGGUCCGCCGUGGUCGGGUCCGCGCCGGGGGCGGCCUUCUUCUUCUGCACGUACGAGGGCACCAAGUCCAUCCUGAAGUCGAGGUUCGGGAGGGAGGACACGGCGACGACGCACAUGAUGGCCGGGAGCGCGGGCGAGGUGGCCGCCUGCUCGGUCCGCGUCCCCACCGAGGUCGUCAAGCAGCGCGCCCAGGCCGGCCUGCACGGCGGCUCCAGCGCCGGCGCCCUCGGCGCCAUCCUCAGCAUGCGCGCCCAGUCGGGCCUCCUGCCCAUGUGGAGGGAGCUCUACAGGGGCUGGGCCAUCACCGUCUUCCGCGAGGUCCCCUUCACCAUGAUCCAGUUCCCCAUCUGGGAGGCCCUCAAGGGCUGGGGGAGACAGAGACGCGCCGCCGCAGCCGCAGCUGAUGUUCCUGCCCUGGAGAGCGCCGUGUACGGCAGCAUGGCCGGCGCCGUCGCCGCCGCCCUGACCACGCCGCUCGACGUGCUCAAGACGAGGGUCAUGCUCUCCAGGGAACGCGUGUCGGUCGGUCACGUCCUGCGACAGAUCCUCGCAAAGGACGGUCCCAGCCACCUGUUUGCCGGCAUCGCGCCGCGCGUCACAUGGAUCUCUAUCGGGGGCUUCAUCUUCCUCGGUAGUUAUCAGUCUGUCAUCAACACGCUGGCUUAG